GACUACACAAAAAGCCAAAACAGAGAGACACAGACACAGAGAGACAGAGACAGAGACAAAGAGCUGGAGAACAUUUGUGUUUGAAGAUAUACAAACUUCCUUUCUAGAGAAACUUCAAUCAUGUCGCACUGCCGGGACUCCAUCAAGAAACUGCUUCCUAAGACAUAUGAACGCAAACGUGUGGCCCAUGAAAUCUUCGCCACAAUGGCUUUUUUCAGAGCCCUCAUACCCAAGAUGGAAAAAUACGUUUACAAUGAUGGAGCCACAAAGAACUUGAUGAGUCUGAGUGGAACCGUUCCCGUCAUAUAUAACGAAAAGACCUACCACAUUCCCAUCUGCCUUUGGCUUGAGGAGUCGUACCCACAAACUGCUCCCAUGUGCUAUGUCAAACCCACGCGUGACAUGGUCAUCAUCAGAGGACAGUACGUCUCCAGCGGCGGUGAAGUCACGCUGCCUUACCUGGAGGACUGGAAAGCUGGCGAGUGUGAUUUGCUGAGCCUGGUGCAGGUGAUGAUUGGGAUUUUUGGAGAGUGCCCUCCCUUGGCCAUGCGACCGAUCCCGGAGUCUGAACAAACAUCUUGUUCGAUGCAGUUCCGCAAACAAGCAGAAAUCCAUGAGACGGACGAUGGAAGUUCAUACAUGUCUUUACUGAAUGAAGAUGGUCAACUGUUCCAGCAAGAAAAUGAAACAAACUGCUAGUUUUUGUUUUUGUUUUUGUUUUUUUUUACCCUGUGCACAGUGUCAAAUGGUAUCCAUUGAUUGUUCGUUUAUUAAGAAUCUUAGACGUAAAAAGAUGUUAUGUUUUUGUUAGUUUUUGCCUUUAGAUGGUGAUCACCUGACAGAGGUGUUUGCCGGGAAUGUGUUGUAACUUUCACAUGUUUUUUAUAUGCUGCUAUUACAAAAAAAAAAAAAAAAAACUUUACUGGCUCCAUAAGCUACUCGUAAAACUAGGAUUCAUGACUUUGACUUUGAUCUAAUGACUUUUGACCAGAGGAGGGAAAACACAGAUAAGUUCAGCGCCGUAAAGCUCUGCACGUUUACGAGGACUGAUUAGGAAAAACGACAAAAUCAGAGCAGAAAUUUAGUCUUUAGUUAUUAUAGAGUUGCAGCUGUUGGUUCAUUUGAAUAAGACAAAUCGCUGAUUCAUAUCAGAAAAUAAAGAAAGGAAACGAAGGCUAAACUGUUCCGGCUGAUUUCACAAAGCAGCUUCUUGUGACUCAUAUACGAUGUUAAUGUAAAUAAAGAGCUUUACUAAA